AUGGCGACCGAAUCGUCCCAGGAUGUUCCAAUGGGGUCACCUCCACCUGCGCCUGCACCUGCCCCAGCAGACCAGGAACCCAAAUAUGGCGGCUACUCACGAUUCGAGAUUGAGCUUGAGUUUGUACAGUCCCUUGCAAACCCAGCCUACCUCAACCAUCUUGCAUCCCAGAAGCUCCUCAGCCAACCCGCCUUUGUUGCAUAUCUUGCAUAUCUCCAAUACUGGAGCAAGCCGCCGUAUCUCAAAUACCUUACCUAUCCCGGCCCGACACUGCGACAUUUGGAGCUCCUCCAGCAAGAAACAUUCCGGCAGCAGAUCAUUAGCCCUAAUGUGGUGAUGGCACUCAUGGAUGAGGGCAUGAAGGCCUCGGUCGACUGGCAUCGCGAGAGCUAG